UUUGUAAUCCUCGUGUGUCGUCAAUUUAUCGCAAAAUCAUGGCUUUAAAUCGAUUUUCAAAGACUUCGUACCGUUUUGGGAUCGAAUUGUACGAAAAUUUCAUCUCAGAUGACGAUAACUACCCGCAAAACAUUGUUUUUUCGCCGUUUUUGGUCCAAAUUGCGUUGUCGACGAUUCUCAUGGGAGCUGUAGGCAAAACUUUUGAAGAAAUUGGAGUCGUUUUGAAAUACGGAAAGAAUUGCAAGAAAGCCCAAGUCGCUUAUCAGUUUCACGAAAUGAUGCUGCAAAUCAAAAAGGAAGGCGGCUUAAUGAUUAACAACGAAAUUUUUGUUCAACGUGGAUACAAUUUACAUGCGGCUUUUCUCAACAUCACCAAAAAUUGUUUCGAUGCUCGUGUCACCAAAAUCGAUUUCAACAACAAAGAUUCGGCUGUGGAAGAGAUCAAUAAAUAUGUCGAAAAUAACACAAAUGGCGCGAUUAAAGACGUUGUUUCGUCAGAAGACAUCAAAGAAUUUACCCGAGCACUCGCUGUGAACACAAUUUACUUCAAAGGAGCUUGGCGCAAACCGUUUGACGUAUAUUCCACUCGCAAAAUGCCUUUUUGGACAACAACAACUGAAUAUUCUGACGUGGAUAUGAUGGUCCAGCGCAACCGCUUCGCUUAUGGAACCUUGGAGAAACUCGAUGUCACAGUCAUAGAAUUGCAGUAUAAUCAAUCGGAUGUGUCAAUGAUGAUUUUUUUGCCUAACAAAAAGGACGGCUUGAAAAUUCUUGAAGAUGGCUUGAAAAAACUCGAUUUGGAUUUUGUUCGUAGUCAAAUGCAAAAAGACCACGUCGCGCUUUAUUUACCUAAAUUCAAGUUUGAGUUCACGCAAGAUUUGGAAAAAGUUCUCAAAAGCCUUGGAAUGAAAGCAGCUUUCGAGGAAGAUCUGGCAGAUUUUCGGCAUUUGAAGGAUCCGAACGACGAUGAGACUUUCUUUGUAUCGAAAAUUGUGCAUAAAGCCUUCAUUAAAGUUGACGAAGCUGGAACCGAAGCAGCUGCAGCUGUCCGUAUUAUCCUUUGUGGAGGUGGUCCUUCGCCAACUUAUCGUCCCUUUGUCGCUGAUCACCCUUUUAUGUUCAUGUUGGUAUUGAACAAUUUCAUGAUGUUUGCAGGAGUUGUUAAUGAUCCCGCAGAUUUUUUAGAAAGCGAUUAGAAAGCAUGUGAUGCUUAAGAUUUUUCUGUGAAUUAAUUAAU